AUGCAAACUUCUUUGGGAAAUCUUUUCGAGAAUGACGACAAUGUUUUUCUCAAAAUGCCACAUUUUUUCAAACCACUUCAAGCGGUUAGUUUUUUUGGGCUUUAUAUACUAAAUGUAUAUUGAAUUUUUCCAAAAAAAAAUUUUUAGCUGACCGCAAUUGUUUUGGCGAUUUGUAUUGGUUCAACUGGAAGCGGUAGUAAUGGAAUUCUUUGGUUCACAAUUAUUAUUUCCCUACUGGUAAGAUUUUCUCUCAUUUCUUCCUCAUAUGUACAUUUCCUGAAAUCAGAUUUCCGUUGCUGCCACAAUCAUCUUUGCCUUGAAAAUUCAAGAUGAAUUAAUCGAAAAUCUCUCAAAUGGAAGUGUUACUUGGAAUCUUGUUGAACUCGCUUACUCAUUUAUUCUUUCUGUUUUAUCAGUUAUUUGUGUUUGGCUCUCAUUUUCAUUGGCGAAUCGAUCACUUCUUGGAACUUCUGCUGGAUAUAUUGCGGCUGGCGUAAGUUUAGAAAAAUGUUCUACAGAUUUUUGAAAACUUAAUUUUUUUUAGUUGUUUUUCAUUGCUCAGAGUAUUUUCUAUGGUAUUCCAACUACAGUAAUCUAUCGAGAAGUUCAAGCAGCACAAGAUUUGGAACGUGAACACAUUGUUGUUGAGCCAGCACAUCCAUUCAGAUCAAACACUUAUCAAGAUUUGUAA